AUGAAGCCUGUCGCAGCAAAGCUUGCGCUCGUGGUGUCCUGCUUUCAUCUACUGGCCGCAGUGAGGCCCAGCGGUGAGGUUCUGACGCAGGGCUUUGGGCCUGGGAUCCCAAAAUGCCCCACAGCGCGUCCUGCAUCAAUGUCAGGCCAAACAUUCCUGCUGAACAUGGGAGAUUUUGAGAACAUUUCGAUCUACCAAGAUUGGAUGCUGUCAGAGUCCGCAGAUUGUAGCAACCGCGUUGGAGCAGCAGUUCUGGAUCCUGAGGUGAAUCACACGAACCCAUCUGAAAGUUCAGAGCUUUGGCUGAAUAUCCUGCAUGUUCAACCUGACGUCAGUACGGUGUUUCUAUGCAGCCAAAGGAAACAUCAUCAGACAGAGCAGACAGUUCCGUGCUUGGCCAAGUUGAAUUUGAAGCAGAGACGGGUGACGUUGGUGGAUAUGUUGCAGCCUUUUUUGCGUCCUUUUUUGAAUGAAAGGGUGUUGAGAGGUUUCCAAUCCUUGGCAUAUUACCAGCAGUACAUGUUUGAGGCAUUUUUGCUUGCAGGGCUCUUGAUGUUGGCCGCCUUGGCAGUCUGGUCUUCCUAUCUGUUCUUCAGUGCCAAGGCAGAGGGUUCGCGCUUUGUAUUCAUCGAGAGUAGUAGCUCUAAAGGUGGCAUGAUCUUGCCAUCCCCGGUUGAUACAGUGCUCCUGUCGUUGAAGAGUUCGUCUCUCUUUGUGGCCGGCUGUGGCCUAUUCAUGGCUCAGGGGUGCUUCUUCUUCGAGAAACAUGAUGAUGCAACCAGAGUUGGCUACGUACUGAUUUUAGUUUUUCCACUCGUUUUUGGGAGUGCCGCCUUGCUCCGCAUCUCCAUCUCAGCUGCACGCUGCCGGGUCUACUUCCAGGCUCUCAGAGAUGGGACGCUGGUGACAUACAAGACCGGCCUGUGGCGCAGUCAUUUGUUGAUUUGGUUUUGGACAGGCGCAGUGCUCUGCAUGGGCAGCGCAGCCCGUGUUUUGUGGCAGCAGGGUUCGUUCAAUCGCACUGGAGUGCUGCAGUUGGCUCUUCUUGCAUCUCCGCUGUAUUAUAUGUCCUCCAGCAUAUGGAACACUUUGGCUGCUGAAGCUACUGUGCUCAAAGGUCAUUGCAUGAUGGCCUUGGGACGUGAAGAGAGCAAAGCUGAGUUGAAGCCGAUGGAAGAGUCCGCGCUAAUAUGUGCAGCUAGGGGUGAAGCCUCAGGAACUCCGGCUGCUGAGUUUGGAAUUCGUGAUUUGGGCUGGGUCGGGCCUUACGCGGCCAAGGACUAUUUUGGUUUUCAGAAGCUUGUGCUUCAAUUCUUUCAGCCAAUAAUGCUUGUCAUGCUGUUGGGCUUGGCGUUUCUCACCUGGAAACAUGUACUGCUCACAUUUGCAAUUCAGCCCGAGUUAAAAGACAUUAUGGUGCAGGGGGGCAACCUCACAUCUCAGCAUUUCUUUCCGGAGAAGACACGCUACGGAGUUGUUGUGCACACCACGAAGCCUGACUUCACCCUGGUAGCGCUAUUGGAUCAACAAGAUCCCAACACGAUGCAGUUGUCCCAGAGAAAAGUGGAUGCAAAGUACGAAGUCCUGCAGCAUACUGCCGGAGACCAGCUGGAACAACUUGUCAAUAUGAACACCGAUCGGUAUCCCGUGGACAUAAAAGUCCAAGUAAACGACACAAGCAGCUCCGUCGAUUACAGUCUACAGAUGUUCAAGUUCGAUGUGGUGCCUGAAUCAAUCACAGCCGCGGGCACUACAGUUAGCGGGGAAGAUUUUCGGACAUGUGUUUCUUGGGAUGUGUUGUGCCGGCAUCCUACAAUCUACCUGCCAUCUGAUCUGACAUCCCUUUCCCUUAACGUCUCUGUUUUGCACUUCAUUAUGGACGUGCCACAGAAGCAUCGGCGGGAGGCUGCGUACACCGUGCAAUUUGCUCCAAACUUGACUUGUCGGACGCUUGACUUUAGAAAACGUGGCUGGGUAGCCGUACAACAGACCCAAGCAGGCUGCUACUAUGUCUCCCCACCAUUUGCAGACAAGUGUGGCAUGUCCGAUCAUGAGGACAUUGAUUUCUUCCUCCGCAGCCGGAACCUCAGUCUGGAAUGGACUUUCUGGGCAAGAUCUGACAACGACAAAGCUGACAAUGACACAGUCCCGAUCGUGAAGACCACAUCUACAUCACAAGUGUCCUUGCCACUUGAUCUUCCGUCAGCGGACUCCAGGCGAGGGGAUAUUCUCCUCGAGAUGGACGUGACCAUGUUCUUUGAUCGAUUCGACCAGUUUCCGGUGCUUGGCAAAACCACCCCGUAUGCCCCGCCGAAUGCAGAGAUCCGUCUUCACUUGGGUGCGCCAGCGUUGGACGACCUCUAUUCAAUUAAGGCCUUCUGUCCGGGUGUAGACCUGUCGAUUCGGAAACAGACAACCAGGUUUGAAGACUCUGACAAACAGUGGGUAGUGUUGAUCCGAGAUUCCAAAAAGUUCAUGGAGGCCGCAGUCUUGACCCUCUUUGUGGUAUCAGAGUAUGCUGAGUGUUCUAUCACUUCCUUGGAGACCGCUGCUUCAGGACUUCUGCAUAAUUUGCAACCCAAGAGUGUCCUGUACGAUGAUGCAUUGCACACCCAGACGGCCAGCUUUGAAUUUGACUUAGCUGCGUUCCGGGAGAUUCUGACAAGGACACACGCCCAGUCCGUACAACUACUUGGGAGAACAAGCUGUACGUCCAGUUUUCACAAUGUCAAAGGCCACUUGAGUAUUGCCGUGUGGCUUUUGCCUGAGCCUCUAAUUGCUGUGGUUCCGGAAGUGCGCGAUGUGCCCCUGCAGUGGGAUGUGUUUCCCUGCGUGCAACUUCCCCUCUGCAGUGUCGUACGCAUAGCCAAACCUACAGGGGGUACCAGGAUUCAAGAUGUUUCAGCUUUGGCGUUGACUUUUCUGGACAAGGGCAAUAGCUCAUGUUCUGCCGAAUGGAUUCGGCUCAGUUCCCCUGACUUUGAUUCCUUGGGAGAGCAGCUUCAGCCCACUUCUGGGCCGGAAGACUGCGUGGGAGAGAUGAAGACUACGACGGUCUGUGGGGGAAAUCAUCCCUCGUCCUCUGUUCAACUCGGCCUGACAUCAGGAACACGGCAGCUGGCUCUAGUAGCCAAGUUCCGCUGCGACACUUUCUUGAGUCCGAAGCUGAAGUACAAGGUGUAUAUAGCAUGA